GGGAGCUCGCCGCGUUCCAGCGGGAGGGUGGCGCUUGCGAGCUGGGCACGCCGUCGCCUCACGACCAGAAGCCGGUGUGGGGGGAGUUGGAGCGGCGCGGCUGGAGGCCUGUUGUCCGGGAGCCGGCGGAGUGGCGUGGCGUGGCGCGGCGCAGCCGGAGGUUCGAGUGCCGGUAAACCGCGACGGGAAUAAGGGGGGAUCAGCUGGGAGUUGGCGGCUUGGUGCCCGAGUGCCGUUACCGCGCGGCCUGAGGCUCAGUCCCGUCCACCCCCACCCCCCACCCUCCUCGAUACCGGGUGAACCUUUUUGCAAUGUACAGAAAGAUGGGGCAGCUGAUCUGGGUUUUACUAUGCUUCACACUUGCUCACCUAGCCUUGCAUACAGAUUCGGUAGCAGUGAUGUCAGUUGAUUUGGGCAGUGAAUGGAUGAAAAUUGCCAUUGUGAAACCAGGUGUUCCCAUGGAGAUCGUAUUAAACAAGGAGUCGAGAAGGAAAACUCCGGUUGCAGUUUCUUUGAAGGAAAAUGAACGACUCUUUGGGGACAGUGCAGUGGCAAUGUCAGCGAAGAACCCAAAGGUUGUGUUCCGCUACCUCCAGGAUCUUCUGGGAAAGCAGCUGGAAAACCCACAGGUAGAGCUAUACAGGAAGCGUUUUCCUGAACAUCAGUUGGUGGCAGCCGAGCAGCGAGGAACUGUUCUCUACAAAGUGUCUGAUGAAUUAUUUUAUUCCCCUGAGGAGUUGUUGGGGAUGGUUCUGAAUUACUCAAGAAUCUUGGCUCAAGAUUUUGCAGAGCAGCCCAUUAAGGACCUGGUGAUCACUGUGCCGGUAUAUUUUAACCAAGCAGAAAGGAGAGCAGUCUUGCAAGCUGCUCAGAUGGCAGGCCUCAAGGUCCUUCAACUCAUCAAUGAUAACACAGCUGUGGCUCUGAACUAUGGUGUUUUCCGGAGGAAGGAUAUUAAUGCCACAGCCCAGAAUGUGAUGUUUUACGACAUGGGAUCAAGCAGCACCACUGCCACCAUAGUUACUUACGUGACGACAAAGACAAAGGAUUGGGGGACGCAACCCCAGCUCCAGAUCAGAGGGAUUGGUUUUAAUCGAAACCUGGGUGGACUUGAGAUGGAACUACGCCUGCGGGAUCACCUUGCUAAACUCUUCAAUGGACAAAAGAAGACAUCCAAAGAUGUCCUUCAUCACCCAAGAGCAAUGGCCAAACUGUGGAAAGAAGCAAAUCGUUUGAAAACAGUACUAAGUGCAAAUAUUGAUCACAUGGCACAGGUCGAGGGACUUCUUGAUGACAUUGACUUCAAGGCUAAAGUAACGAGACAAGAUUUUGAGGAGCUGUGUAGUGAUCUGUUUGAGAAAGUUGCAGAUCCUGUACAUCAGGCCUUAAAAACAGCUGAGUUGAAAAUGGAAGACAUUGAUCAUGUGAUUCUGGUGGGAGGAGCAACACGAGUUCCCAAAGUACAGGAGGCCCUGUUAAAAGCUGUUGGAAAGAAGGAGUUGGGAAAGAAUAUAAACGCUGAUGAGGCAGCAUCAAUGGGAGCAGUAUAUCAAGCUGCUGCUCUGAGCAAAGCCUUCAAGGUCAAACCCUUCCUCAUCCGUGAUGCAGCCCUCUAUCCCAUUCAGGUUGAAUUUAUGCGAUCAAUUGAGGAGGAUGGUGUGAAAAGCAUUAAACACAACAAGCGUGUACUCUUCCAGAGAAUGUCCCCAUAUCCCCAACGCAAAGUUAUCACCUUCAAUCGUUACACCGAUGACUUUGAGUUCUUUGUGAAUUAUGGGGAUGUGAGCUUCCUCAGUGAACAUGACCUCAGUAUAUUUGGAUCUUUGAACUUGACUACAGUUCGAUUGAGUGGAGUUGGUUCAAGCUUCCAGAAGCAUUCGAAUGCUGAAUCUAAAGGCAUUAAAGCCCAUUUUAACAUGGACGAAAGUGGAAUACUGGCACUGGAUAGAGUAGAAGCUGUGUUUGAGACUCUGCAGGAUGGAGAACCAGAGGAAGAGUCGACCUUGACCAAGCUUGGAAACACCAUUUCUAGUUUGUUUGGAGGUGGGAGCUCUGAAACAGAUGGGAAGGAGAACCUGACUGAAUCUGUACAGGAUGAAGAGGAGGUCACGAGUAAAAGUGAGAAAGAAGUUCCAGAAGAAUUAGAGAUGCUGGAUAAAGCAACACACUCUGAACAGGACAGCAACAACCCAGAGGAGCAGGACAAGGAGCAAACCGAAGGGAAGAAAGCAGAAGAGGCUGAAAGAGGAGAAAACAAAUCUGAAAAAUCUGAAACUCCAAAUAUGCAAACAGAUGCUGGGAAGGAGGAGGUGAAAGAUCCAGAAUUGAACAAAACGGAAGAGGUUAAAAAGCCAAAGGGACCCAAGAGGGUGAAAAUUAAUGAGGAUCUGACUGUUGAUUUGGAAAUAAAGGACUUGCCUGAUCUGUCACAAGAGGAAAUGAGUCAAUCAAAAAAGAAGCUUCAGGAUCUUACAGAUCGGGACCUCCAGAAACAAGAGCAUGAAAAAGCAGCUAAUUCAUUGGAGGCUUUCAUCUUUGAAACACAGGACAAACUGUACCAGGAAGAAUAUCAGCUUGUCUCCACCCAAGAUGAACGUGACCAAAUCUCUGCCAGACUUAGUGAGGCUUCCAACUGGCUGGAUGAGGAUGGAUAUACUGCCACCACUAAGGAGCUGAAAACAAAGCUUUCAGAGCUCCGCAAACUGUGCAAGGAGCUCUUCUUUAAAGUAGAAGAGAGGAGGAAGUGGCCAGAUCGCCUGUCUGCACUAGAUAGCAUGCUCAAUCAUUCCACCAUCUUCCUCAAGGGAGCAAAACUCUUACCAGAAGAUGAUCAGAUUUUCACAGAAGUAGAAUUAAACACUCUGGAAAAAGUUAUCACAGAGACAACUACAUGGAAGAACACAACUGUAAAGGAGCAGAAUAAUCUGCCGUCUACAGAAACGCCCAUUUUGCUCUCUAAGGACAUAGAAGCAAAGCUGGCUCUCUUGGACCGAGAAGUCAAAUACUUGCUUAACAAAGCCAAGUUUGCUAAACCCAAGCCCCGGAAGGAGAAGAACACCACAACACAAGCGCAAAAUGCAACACAGGAGGACAAGAAUGCAACAGCUACUGAUAGUGAUAGGAUUAUAUCACCUGACAAAAAGACAGAGGAAGACACAGCCAAUAAGGAAGAAGUGAAACCUGGUGAGGUGCCACCCACAGCAAGCCAGACUCAAGAAACCAAUUCUAAGGAUGAGGAGGCCACAUUACCGGACCCAAUAGAGAUAGAAUCUAGUAAAGAUACAGUUGAGAAGAAACCAGAAAGCAAGUCAGACAAACACCCUCCAGAUGAGUUGUAACCCCUCCUGGGUCCUUCACCAGCUCUAUUUAUAUUACAUUACUUUUUUGUAAUGGACCACUUUGCCAUAAUUUAACAGACGAUGAAAUGUGAUUGGAGCAGAGGUGUACAUUUUCCUUUUAUAAAAAGAACUGGAUUUCCCUGUGACAGACUUUGUUGGAGAGUUUUACUUGUAACGCCAGGUACAGUUCAAACCACAAUUAGUGACCAGUAGGAGGCAGUGUUUGCAGAAUGGAUGUUGAUGUUUAAAGGGAUUUCAAAAUGACUGCAGUUACUGGAAACCCGAGUGUAUCUUUUUCAUUUUGUCUCUUCUCUCCUGCCUUUUUUUUAAUGGUUGUAAGUGAACUAAUUGCACUGAAUGAAUAUGUUAAUUUUGCUUUAAAUUGGAAUGGGGGUGGGUGGGUUUUGGAUGUGGGUUUAGUGUGAAGCUGCAUCAUUAAACCAAAAUGCAGCUGCCCUGGAAUCUAUUCUACUUGACAUUUUCUUAAAAUUGACUGGCAUCUCAAGCUGGCAAAAUCUGUGGCAAUUAAUGUGGGUGAAGAUGUUGGCAUUAUACAGCUAAGCUCCUGUCUUUGGAGGGGGAGGUAAUCUUCUAACCCAUGGACACAGAAAUGGAAUAUUUUCCUCUACCUUUCAUAAACUGGCCUGAUCCUUGCAGUAUUGUGUCCCAGGAUACUGUAAGUGUGUCCCAUAUCAGCCAAUAGUCAGAGGUGUAGUACUGCCCUUUUCUGCUUUCUAUGCAACUGGUAACUGACACGUUCAGAUCAGUAAAUUAAUCCAGAAUUAUGGUGGGAAACUUGAUGCUAUGUUGCGACCUCAGUGGGUAAAGGGUGUAGGACUGGCUCAACUUCACUAUUUGUUCUCAACCUUGCUGAUUGAGUCAAGUGCUGAUAGAUUGUUGUUUUCCCCCAAUGAUGUCCACUGAUGAACCAAAUUGAGGAAUAGUUCAACCUUAAUCAUGUCACUAAGCUUUUUGUCCACCAGGUCAUGACUGAGGGGCACAUCUCAUUGUUCAUCAGAGACAAUCUAACCCUAAAUUGCCUGCAUUAAGUUUCACAGGUGGAACUAUGUUAAGCUGGUUGCAUUUAUUAAGGUUUAAUAGUUUAAAAUAAAGCCUGUUGCAAUAUUUUCCAGUACAUGUGUUGCUCUGUAGGCAAAACACAGGCCCCUGAAUUAUCUAUCUUUCUUGUUGUUCACUUCUAAUUUGUAUUGUGAAACAAAUUUGAAUAGUGGAAUCCUAAUGUUUAGAUCUGACAUCCAGAAGCUCUAGACUGACAGCCAACAUCUGAUUUUUCAGAACUGAUGGUCUAAGUCGUGAUUCAUUGAAAGUCCAUUUUGUAUUACACGUGGCAACAGAGAGAUUAAUUCUUGGGGCUGGAUUGUUGCCUUUUGCCAGCUCUCAUUUGUGCGGUGAUCCAUUAAGCUGCUGUUUUUGGUCAGGAACCUGUGUAUUUGUUUCUGUUCUGUGUUCAGAAAUUAAUAAUUUGGAGUCCACUUCGAGUUCUGGCAACUGACAUUAAGACAGGGAAAAGUUCACAUCAGCAAUACCCUAUCCAUCACCUUUCCAUUACGGAAGGAUGUGGUUUUCUUAAACUGCAUCUAGUUUACUGAAGGAGAGUUGCUGGAGGCUGGUCCCCAGUUUAAUUUUUGGGAAAUCUAUUGUCCAACCAACAGUGUCAAAACGUCUCUCCAGUUUUGCUGUAACCCAUUUUCCUCCUCCAAGCUGCUGGCCUGAGAGCUAAGCUCAGUAGAUUAGACAAGAUGACCACUAUAGUGGGUUUGGACUGUACUUUCUGAAGUUCAGUGCUUCAUCACUGUUUGUGUUGUAAGUUACACUAUUAGUGGGUUUCCCCAAUGCUCUUGGUGUUGAAUGCGUAAUUUCAAAAGUAAAAAAAUUUUGACAAAGAUCUGUUCACCAGUUGAUGGUGCUGCCAUGAGGUAUAACUUGAACAUUGGGGGGGUGGGGGGGGGGGUCAAAGAAAAUCGGGACCAGUUUUAGUACUUGUGGUUCUUGUCAAUUUGAUUGUCUCUGACUAAAGUUGAGAAUCUGCAGUCAAAGCUGGAUGCCAUUUCUGCACAUGAAUAUCCUAAAACAGCCAGACUCGCCAAGAGACCCAAUGUGUUCAUCUGCACUGUUCCCUCUCUCAAUAAAAUGAUUUUUUUUGAAUUUGUUAGUAGCUGACUGCACAUUGUACUUUCUGUUCAUAACUAAGCUGAAAAGAUAUCUGUCAGUGAGAUUGUACAAUACUCUGAAUUUGGGUAGAAAUGUUUGUUAAUUUUCACUGAAUCCCUUGUUCUGGUGCAAGUUAUUAUCGUUCUGGCCAUUUCCAACAGGAUAUCAGCCCUUCAGUUAUCUAAUCUAUAAACCCAUCACCCUGUACCUCCACAGACACCAUGCCAGCUGAUAGUUUGUGCAUCUGCUGUCUUAGGAUAUGUUGCUUCUACACGGUGUCUAGCAGUCAAGGAGUCCAUUAGUCUGAUUUGGAUCUUCCUUAGUUAAAAUUACUAAUUUUCAAACCCAGUCAAUAUCUGCCUUUAAAUAGCCUUCUGCGUUAUGCAGAGUUAACUUGAACCUCUCGUUCUGGGUUUGAUUAUACCCUUGCCAACUUGGAUUAAGUUUUAUUUCAAAUUAAGAAGAACUGAUUUACUUUAUGGUAAUGAUUUCUUCUGUAAAAACAAAAACAAAAAUCCAAAUACUUGUAUGACAUUGCAGGAUUGUGGCCUCUUCCUUUGUGAUAUUUUGCUUGCAGUUCUCUACCUAUACAUAUGCAUUAAUCUCAAUUGUAAUGGGUUACAACCUUGACCCAACUGCGAACAAAGGGAUUUGUACAGGGCAACCUCAGUCUGAGGGUAAACACAGCACAUCUAUCUAACCUGUCCAAAACAACUCUCAUUGUUCUCCAUUAUUGGCACUAAAGCGUUACCUACUGGUGUGCCCUUUCUGGUGUGGCUGAAGCUCAUCACACCUUUUGGUGAUAAAAGCUACCUGUUGCAUCAGAACUGUGACAGAUGGCAGAUGUUCUGCUGUUUCAAGCACUACAUGAAUGUGAAAUAGUUUGUAUUAAUGGUGGCUUUUUAGAACUAUACAACCCAGGGUGGGGAAAUGGGCAGAGUAGAGAUGUCAUCUGCCCAGGUAUUGCACAUUCUUUCUGAAAGUAUAACACCGGGAAUUCUGUGCCAAUUAAACGAAUCCUCCCGUCCAUUAGGAAAACCUGAUGUUCCUGACAUGUUUUCUUUAACAACUCACUUUCCAGGUAUUUUUCAACUGUUGCUUUUAACUGCUUCAGAACUCUCCCCUUGAUUACCCGACCUAAAAGAUCUGAGACUACGUGGAACAGUAUUACUGAUGUUUAGGAAAGAGGCAGUCAGGCUCUUCAGUUUUUAAAAAUCCUUGCUGGAAUACAUCUGUGGCUGAUGGACCAGCUGAUGCCAUCAGGGGUUUGGAUGACUUGAAGGUAAAUGUGAUUAAGGACAUAUUGUUGCCACCUGAUUGGAGUUAAACAAGAAGGCUGACACAGACUUUUUAGCUGUAUUUUGUAAUGUGCAGAGCAAUUUCAAUACAAAGUUUUCCUAAAAUAUUUGAAAUCUGUAAUUUUUGGCAUUUUGUUUCCAUCUAGCCAUAAUGAGAGUGAAGAAUUGGUUCAAUCAGCAACACCACAUUCAAAAUUUCAGUUUCAGCACAAAGCCUCAGUUUGCUCUGUCGGGGUCACUAGUUCAUCCAGUGGAGGUCUGGUAGCACUUGAUAUGCAGAUUGUUAUGGCUUGGGGCAGUAUACCCUUGUGUAUUUUUAAAUAGGUAAUAUGCAUCUGAAAAUUCUGGCAAUAAAAGCUUUUGUUUAAACUUUCA